AUGGCCUCAAGUGGUGAACCGCGUCGCUGUGAUUCAAAAUUGCCAUGUGAUCGAGGAUCAAUGUGCCGAUUCUCUGAAGUUCUCUGGCUUGAUAUCUGUUGCCGACCGAGCGAAGAAAGGAUCGUCAGUGAAGAAAAUUCUGAAGAAUCGAUGAGCGCUCGAAGAGCAUCGAAUCCAUUUGAAGAGCUUGAUCCACAAAUCGAAUUUCAAAGCGAUCAGGAAAGCCGGAGACAAGAAAGACCGAAACUGGCUUUAAAGGGUUCAACGAACAGAAGAGGAAAUAAGCAGCCAACAAAAUGCAAAUUGAGCUAUUCAAAUGGGGAAACGAUAUCGGAUGAAUGCAAGAAAGUUGUAUUCCCCGGUGAAGACGGAUGUGAUGAUGGUCACCCUUGUACGGGACAAUCUCGAUGUGUUCAAGGGAAAUGCUUCUGUCAUCCACGAGCCGUUCUUUUCAACAAAAUGUGUUAUUGGAAAUGCCCACUUUCUUAUCGAAAUGCUUCAGGAAUCUGUGUU